AUGAAGACAACUACCGCCGCCGUGUUGGCCUCCCUUUUCGGGAUGGGCGCUGCCCAGUGUGCCAGGGACAACUGUCUGCGAGCCAUCGCGGCCAGUGCUUUCCCGACCCGAAGCGGUACUGCGGACUGCUCUCGCUUCCUGCAGGUCACCGCCACUGCCAGUGCCGUGACCGCGACCGUGACCGUGACCGCCCCCACCUCCGGUGUCUUCACUUCAACCUUGACCGUGAGCGAGUCCGGUGCCGCCGGCUCCGUGGGCACCAGCACCGUCCUCGAGACCACGACCUCCACCGCCACCAUCACCGAUGUCAUCGGAACCACCGAGGUCGUCACUGCUUCCACCGAGACCGUCAUUGUCCCCACCACCGUCGUCGUUUCUUCCACCAGGACUCUCUUCUUCGGCACCACUGAGAUCGUCACCGUUGCUACCGAGACGCAGACCGUCGAUGCCACCAUUGCCGUCAUCAAGAAGCGCCAGGUCGCCACCAACAUCCCGACCUAUGCCUCCGCCUGCAGUGGCUUCGCCCGCUACUCUUCGGCCUGCUCUUGCCUCGGUGUCACGGCGCCCACGAACACCGUGGCCCCGGCUACCGUGACCACGACCACGACCGUUCCGGCCACCGUCAUCUCCACCGCUGUUGUCACCGUCACCGUCACCGGCGACGCUGCUCCCGGCUCCACCGUCCUGACCACCAGCACCGUCACCGAGACCGAGCUCGCGGCCACCACGGUUACCUCCGCCGAGACCACCUCCGUGACCGCUACGACUGAGAUUGGCAGCACUUCCACGGACUUGAUCGAGGAGACCACUUCGCUGACCAGCACCUUCAUUUUCAACGCUACCUUCACCACCUUCAUUACCCGCACCACUUCUCUGCCGCCUGUCGUGAACAGCACCACGACCACCGGCAUCAGCUCUACUGCGGACAUUAGCUCUUCCAUUUUCUCCAACGUCUCUACUUCUUCCACUGAGAUUAGCACGUCUACAGACAUCAUCUCCACUACCUCUACCGUCUUCCCUAAUACCACUACUACUGAGUUCACUUCGAUCUCGUCCACUCUCUUCCCUAACAGCACUACCGUCGAGUCUACCACCUCUACUGUUUUCCCCAACAGCACCGUCACGACCGACAUCAUCUCCUCUACGGAUGUUAGCUCUUCCACCUUCUUCCCUAACAGCACUACCAUUACCACCGAGGGCCCCUCGUCCACUCUUUUCCCCAACGUCACUUCUACCACUGGCGUUUCUUCCUCUACUUUCUUCCCUAACGAGACCUCCACCGAGGUUUCCACUUCCACUAUCUUCCCUAAUGAGACUUCCACUGGAGUCCCUUCAUCGACUCUCUUCCCCAACGUCACUUCCACUUCCACUGAGGUCUCUAUCUCCUCUACCUUCUUCCCCAACGUCACCUCCACCACCGGCGUUCCCUCUUCCACCCUCUUCCCUAACGUGACCUCCACCGAAGUCUCCUCCUCUACUCUGUUCCCCAACAGCACUGCCAUCGAGACUUCCACCGAGGUUCCCUCAUCCACCUUCUUCCCCAACAGCACCAUCACCUCCGCCACGGAGACGGCGACUUCCUUCCCCAACUCGACCGCCACGGACAUCACCGCCUCCACCCUGUUCCCCAACAGCACCGUCGUCGAGUCCAGCACCGAGUUCCCCUCGUCCACUCUCUUCCCCAACAGCACUGCGACUGCUACGGAGACUCCCACCAGCUUCCCCAACAGCACCAUUGCCAGCACCAUCUUCGACUCCUCCACCUCUGACCUCAGCUCGACCAGCACCGGAGCUCCCAACGCUACCGUGACCGAGAUCUCCACCACCACUGAGGCUUCUUCCACUGAGGUCGUGACCUCCACCGACAUCGCGACUACCACCGACGAGUCCAGUACUGAGACCGUGACCUCCACUGAGAUCGCGACUACCACCGACGAGUCCAGCACUGAUGUUGUCACCUCCACGGACGUCAGCACCACGACAGAGGCCACUUCCACUGAAGUCAGCACCACUUCCUCCGCUUCUGGAACCUCGGCCCAGGACUCCACCCCUUCGACCACUGCCUCCACCACCACCACCGUCGUCUCCACGACUUCAAGCACCUCCUCCACGGCCUCCCCGACCGCCAGCGCCGUCUUCGCCCGCAACAUCUGCCUGAAGGUCACUUCCCCCGGCCUCCUCCUCGGCGCCAAGCUCAUCCUCGGCCCCAACCGCUUCAACCUGAGGAACGCCGCCGACCCCACCCCCGCUGCUCUGUUCGACAUCAACCUCACCACCGGCCAGGUCUUCCAGAACAACGGCGAGACCGUCGCCCUCUCCGCCCCCUUCGAGGCCGACACCCGCCCGCUCAACGGCUUCACCCCCUCCCAGGUCCUGCGCAUCAAGCUCGCGCCCCUCGUCUGCGAGACCUCCGGCUCCAGCCUGCCCGUCGGCGUGGCCCUCAACUGCACCGCCUCCGGCAACGACGGCCAGAACACCAACUCCUACACCCGCUUCUUCUACAACAGCAACGACUCCGAGGGCAUCAUCCGCCUGGCCACCGCCAGCCGCGUCUUCAACCGCGUCAACACCGAGCUCAAGCUCGCCCCUUACUCUGGAGCCGACUGCAACUAG